ACGCGCAUAGGAUCCGUGCGCGUUUGACAGCGACACCACCGCCGCCGCCGCCUCAGACGUAGCGCGCGCGCGCUCUCGAUCCGUUUUACCCUCCGAGUAUUUUUUCUUCACUCGUUUCUCCCGUAUUAUCAUCGCCGUCGGUUCUCGGCGCUUCUCACGUUCUGCCGCCGCCGAGUAGGAUUUUAAUAUUAUUAUUUUCGUUUCUUCGCCGCCGCCGUCGUUUUCGGGACUCGCGCGUCUCUACCGCCGUGCGUAUUAUAGUUUACAGUGUUUAAUGUUUUGAAAUAAUAUUUGAUUACGAUAAAUAUUAUAAUAAUAAUAUGUCGUAAUCGAAAAUAAUAUGUAAAUCCGACGCCGUCGUAUCGUCGUCGUCGUUUUUUUUUUUUUUUAUUUACCCAAAUCGUUUUCGUCGACGCACUAUCAAUAUAAUAUCAUUAUCAUUACGCGAUAGUUGGCGCCUCGCCGUACAUGCCAAUCGUAUCGCCGCCGCCGUCGGUACGCGGAUCGUCGCUCGGUAUGCCGUCGCUACUACGUGGUUGCUGCGACCGGACAACAGCGGACCACCAUCGUCUCGUCGUCACCGGCGACGGCUGCCCGCCGCCCGCCGUCAUUCCGGCCGACCGACAGCGAUCGUAGAUUCUUCGCGGCGUCGUCGUCCACAUCGGAUUUGGAGAGAUGAGAAAUUGCGAACAGACAUACCCUAAAAUAAACCCAUUGAUGAAUCCUCAUGACAACAUGGACCUAGUCAACUGCCAUUCCAAUAUCACAGUCAAUGUUAACAACAACAAUAACCAAACUACAGUUAAAAAAUUGCCAAAGAAACGAAAAUUUGAUUUAUCUCAACUUGAAGAAUGUGAUCCUGUGUCUGACCCUCUUUUACCCGUUCAAAAACAAUGCAACACCAGUUGUGUAGCCAGCGUUGUCGUAGUACCCCCUCAGUCUAUGGCUGUUGAUUAUUCUAGACUUGAUGGAUUUGACCGACCUAACUAUGCUGAUGUGCCAGUAAUUGUUGAAGAUCAUUCUGAACAAAAUGAGGAGGCUACAUAUACAAAUGGGCACGAUGAAACAUCAAGACUUGGUGUUGACUUACAAGAAUGGACUGAUCAUAGAGUAUUGGCUAAAAGAGAUGGAGUUUAUUUGCCAGGUCUAAUCAGACAAGCAACAUCAAAUGGUGAUGUUUGGAUAGAAUUUGACUAUUCUGAUGAAGGACAACGAUAUGUUUCAUUUAAAGAUGUUAUAAAUGCUAGCAAAUAUGAUGUUAUCAGUGACGCCAGUCCAUCUUUAAGUCAAGUUAAUAUUGGUGCCAGGGUAUGUGUUCGAAUCGCUGGUUCUCAACCAGAUGAAGGACAUCUGGCUCCUCGAGUAUUCAUUGAAGGUGUUGUACAAAAAAUAAUAACUAGUCCUGUGAGAUUUGUUGUAAGUGUUGUAUCCAGUAACAAUGAAGAAUAUGUGGUGAAAAGAGCAGAUCUUCGCUUACUGUUACCACCAUGGUGGGACGAACUUGAACAUGGUGUACCAAAUGGUCAUAUUCCAUUAAUACGAGAACCUACACCACCUAUAACUAACGAGCCAGCCAAUUAUUAUCAAACUUCAGUAUCUUCUCCAUUACAACCUAUAAAUAAUCGCCAUUUUGAUGAUUUCUGUGAAAGUGAUGAUGAUCUCCGACGAGAAGACAUAUUAUUUAUGUCAGAUGCUGAUGCUGGAAAAUUAUCUGGAAGCAGCAAAAGGAGCAGUAUGCAAAGCAGAGGUAGCACAUGUAGCAUUUUAGAUCAAGGCGGUAGCACCACACCUAGAUCCACUCCAGUUACUCCAAGAUCUCAGAUCACAUCCCCUCAUAAAUAUAAGAAAGGGGAUAUUGUCACAACACCAAGUGGAAUAAGAAAAAAGUUUAAUGGAAAACAAUGGCGACGAUUAUGUUCAAAAGAAGGUUGCUCUAAAGAGUCUCAAAGAAGAGGAUACUGUUCUCGACACUUGAGUUUAAAAGGCAGUAGUUUAAGGUCUUGUGCUUCAAGUAGUACGAGUUUUACAAGAGGAAAUCGAAGUACCAUAGAUGGAGAUGAAACUUCACGGGAAUCUCAAACUUCUCCUAGUUUUUCUGAACGGCGAUUGGCUGGUCGCUUUGACCCUGAUGAAACAGAAGCUGCCAACAUGCUUGGUAUACAACUUUCGUUAGGAAGUUCAAGAUCUGGAACUCCAUUAUAUUCUUCCCCUUGCCCAUUAGGUGGUAAUAAUAACACACAAUCGCCACUUACUGUUGGAUCCCGUCAAAAUAUGUUCCUACCCAUUAUUUUGCCAGCAAAUCAAAAUUAUCCUUCAACAACACCUACUGGAAAUGGACUAGCUACACCGCCUGCCAUAAACAAUAAUUCUAAUAACCAAUUUAGACAACAGCAACAACUUGUAAAGCCGGAAUUGUUGAGACCAAAAACACAACAUGGUUUACAAGAGUCUAUGCCAACUUCAAGUCAAACUAGUGUAAUCAGAAUUUCACCACAUACAAUACAACCUAAAUCAAGUAUUGCUGUAAAUUCUCAAGCACAAAUAUGUUGGAGAGGAAUCUUAGCUUCACCUCAACUACAACCAAAACACACAAAUCAACCUGCUGCUCAGUGGCAAGUUGAAAGACAUCCAAGUGUUGUAGUAUCAUCUCAACAACAUGGUCAUAUAUUAGAAAAAGCAUUAACUACAGUUGAAAUGAAUACAGUUAGUGACGCAUACGGUCGAAUUUGUGAAAAUAAUGAAGUUUUUAACAGAGACAAUGUUUUUCAAGAAUCUGUGAUAAAGAAAGAACCUGCAGUAAAUAAUGUAUCAUUUACACAACAUUUGUUACAUACUACUGGGUAUCAUCAGCGAGUGCAAAACAUUCCAAACGUUAUCACAACACCUUCUGUAGUUACUAAACAUAACUACACCACUCUUCAGAAUGAAUAUCAGGAUUAUCAAAACAAGAAUUCAGUACUUCAGCAAGUAAUAGUUCAUCCUACUGAACUAUUACCUGUAUUACCUAUCGUGGAUGAAAGAAAAGAAGAUCCACCUGAACCUAACUCCACUCUGACGAACAAUGAAAAUGGAAAUUUAACUGUUUAUUCUUGGGAUACAUUAUUGCCAAUACUAAAUUCAGAAGAAGUAGUCCAAUCAAAUAUCACUUCAAUGCCAAAAUCUCUCUCUCCUCCCUUAUCAGCUCCACCUAUUUUAACUCCACCACCAGCAGAAUCUCCCGAUGUUGAUGAUGAUGAUGUAUUUGAGCAAGAACCUUGUGAUACAGAUGACCAAAAUCCUAAUACUGCAGCUGGAAAACGUAGAACUCAAUCUCUUAGUGCUUUACAAAAUACAAAAGAACCACAAAGUCCUCUAACAAAAGCUAAAGAUCGGAUAAGACGGCCGAUGAAUGCUUUUAUGAUAUUUAGUAAGAGACAUAGAGCUUUGGUUCAUCAAAGACACCCAAAUCAAGAUAAUAGAACAGUAUCCAAGAUUCUUGGAGAAUGGUGGUAUGCUUUAGAUCCAGAUCAGAAACAAAAGUAUCAUGAAUUAGCUUCUGAAGUUAAAGAAGCUCAUUUCAAAGCUCAUCCAGAGUGGAAGUGGUGUAGUAAGGAUAGAAGAAAAUCAAGUGGUAGCGGACGAUCUAAGUUAGGGUCUACUGAUGAACAUACACCAUUAGAUCAUGAUCCUAUGGUUGAAGUAACUAUAGAAAUGGCUGAAGAACCAAAAGUUCAAGAAAAAAAAGAUCCCCCUGAUGUUGAAAUGAAAAAUGAUUCAGAAGAUGAACAAAUGGUAGUUGUUGAAAGUACUGAAAUUGAUUUAAAAUGUAAAGAAAAAGUAACAGAUUCUGAUACUGAAUCACAAAGUGAUGCUGAACCAUUACACGAGAAUAAAACAUUUCCUCAACAAAGGUUUAGUCCUGUCAAAUCAACUAGUUCCAGUGAAGUGACUUGUCGGCCAAAACCCAUAAAAGCUAGAUUGGUAUCUUCAGGCUCAACAGAUUCUAAGUAUCAAUCAAAAACAGUUAAUUCGAGAGAACCAACAACUCCAAUUGUGUAUCCAUAUCAUUCCCCAAUUAAUCCUGUAGGAGUUUCUCCAUUUCAACCUACUGGUGGUGCAUUUAAAUUGAUGCCUGCUUCACCAAAAAUUAAAAAUCCUUCUGAUCAAUUUCCUCAACAAACGCCUGAAUCAACUGCGUGGACAUCAUCUGGAUCUGAAACUUGGAAUCAAACAAAAUUAAUCAACACAAAUGCUUGGGCAGCAUCAACUGCUGAAUGGAACAAUAACAAACCAACAACCACAACUGUUAACUCAAAAAUUGUUGUAACACCUUUAUCACAACAGAAUAUAUUUCAUUACACAUCUUCACCAAACAAGGAAACUGAACAAAAACCAACAUGUUCUGUUCGACAAGUGAUAGGCGGUCGACCAGUUUUGAUACAAACUGCUGGUAAACAGUCAUCCGGGUUUCAACAGCAAUCAUUAACAUUAGCGUUUUUGAAUUCUGGCGACUCUUCCACUUCUCUUGUCACUAAUUUAUUAGUGGCCAAAGGUAGUGAUAAUGGGAAUCCAUCAACAAGGAAUAAUGAAACAACCACUGUUCAAUAUUUGAUACCCGGUCGACUACCAAAUAUAUAUUUGCCACAGCAAACAUUUACAAAUACAUCACUAAAUCAACCACAGUCUGUGAAAUCAACACAAGCUUCUACUGUUAUUGUCAGUACUCAAAAUAAUCCGUUGGUUAUUAAUACAAAUGAAAUUGGAACUACAGCUAAGAAUUCCAAUAUUUCAGAAAAACGAGAUCCAGAUAUUGUUAUAAGAGCUGAUAAUAAUGAAAAUUUGAUGUCUUUUGAGAAGUCACAGUAUGCGGAUUCUAAAGAAAACGGUUCACCAAUUAUAUUUGAUUUUAAAGAUGAUAAUGCCAAGGAGGAAACUUCAAAAAAUGACAUAGAAGAAAAGCCAUUUGUUCUUGCUCCUACUCCAGCACAAUUAGGCAAAGCCCCUUUACAAAGAAGACAAUCCAUGGUAUCUUCUAGUCAAGAUUCGUUGCCAAAUUCAUUACCUGAUAAAGAUUCUGAAAUGGUUGAAGAUACAACUGACGAAGUUCCAGUGUCGCCGUCGGCCAAGCGUAGCUUUUUCAAAAAAAAUAUUGAGGACGGUAUGGACCGUGUAUUAGAACAAGUAAACUUUGAAAUGAAGUUUUCCUCGUUACCACAAUUCAAACCAGAUGAGUGUAAUUCACCAAGUGCAAUAUCAGUACCCUCCAGUCCCCAUGUAUUCAACGCUCAAACAUUCCGCAAAAAGCAAUUACCCGACUGUGACACUCAGGCGGAAACCCCUAAAUCAUCAGGGAAACUUGUUGGAAAUACAUUCUUUGGUCCGGAUUUUAAUCCAGAAGCAUAUAGAGGAGUAUUAGAACAGGAAGAUACAGUGGCAGCUUCACCCAGAACACCUAAAACACCUAGUGGGCGAAAUGAUAGUUCUGCAGCAGAAAAGGGACACCGAAAGAUGUUGGAACAGAGAAGACAAUUGGUUAUGACUCUAUUUCAAGAGCAAGGCAUGUUUCCUUCUACUCAAUCAACUUCGAUAUUUCAGGCUAACCACUCAGAUAUUUUCCCUAAUAAAUCAUCAUUACAACUCAAGAUACGAGAGGUGCGUCAAAAGCUUAUGGCACACAACACAUUGACUCCAAGUAGUGCAAGUGCUUUAAAUAGCCCUAGUGAAUCUUCAACGACCAAUACUCCAAGUAAGAAUUUACGUUUCCACAAGGAGCUCUUGUACUAGACUGAAUUUCAACAAAAAUAUCUAGAACAGUAACUACUAAUGAGACUCGUCAACAUUGCCACCUACUCAACAAACUCAUAGUGUUAUGACAUCCAGCUAACGUCACUAUAUCAUAGUGCUUAACUUCAAGUCACAUUAAACCUCUAAAAUAUAUUCUGCUACAAAUAAUAUUAAGUAACUGGUUUAUUACUAUAUAUAUUAUUUAAGAUAUUAUUAUCUAUAUAAAUGCCAUCGUUUAUAGAUUAUUUUUUAUAACCAACAUUUUAUUUUUACUUGAUUUUGUACAAUAAUGUUAUUGUUUUAAUAAGUUGAAUAAAGAACUACUGAACAUGUUAAACGGUUUUUUUUUACCAAUAAAUAGACUGAGGUUAAGGACACUCAUUUAUAAAUGUUAAUAAAUAGCACUUGCUCGACACCUGUUAUAGCACUGACAUUUAAUUAUUCUUACCUCAACUGUUUUAUUAUUAUUAUAGUCGUGUAACAUAACAUGUAUAUUAAUUAAUUAUAAUAAUAAUAUCGAUCUCUAAACUCAAUAGACAAAUCCACCACCAUGAAAGUCUUUCAGAACUUAUUAUAAUUUCUCUUAAUGUAGUUCACUCUUGUUUGUUUUUAUUAUUAUUAUUAUGUAUAUUAUUUUUUACUUAGUGUAUACUUUUAAUGCUUAAUUAUUAAUUAUAUUUGUGCCAUAGAUAUGCGUGGUUAUUCAUUUUAAAAUUAAUUUAAUUAUUCAAGAUACUUCAAUUCCAUUUAAUUAUAUGAAUAUUUUAAGUAAAAUCAUUGAUUGUAAAUAUUUAUAAUCAAUGGUAAAAUAAAAUCAACAGAUUUAUGUUUAAGUUUGAAAAUUUAUUUUUACUCAUUAAAUUUUAUUAUACAAUGGUCAGUGCCAACAUUAAGUUAUUUUUAAUGUUUAUUAUGACGUAUAAAAACAAUGGUUCAAUGUAAAUUAUGUAUUCAAAAGUUGUACAACAUAUUAUACUUCAAAAUAGUUUUAUUAAUUUACAAUACGUUGUUAAAAUCAAAGCUUAAAAACAUUAACAUUUAAUAUUUAUGCUAACAACUUUAUAUUUCAGUAAUUAAUCAAUGAAAUUCUAAACUUUUAUCGCUCUUUAUUUGUGUUCAUAAAAUUAUAAUAUUAUAUUUUGUAUCUAUUGAAUGCAACUAUGCACAAUAUGUACAAUUUGUAAAAUAUAAAAUAAAAAAAGAAUUCAAAAACUGUUUGGCCAAUGUAAAAGAAAAUUAUAUUUUUUAUAGACAAAAUUUGAUCAAAUAAGCAGUUAUUUUAUUUUAAAAGUAUAAGUGCCAUUAUUAAAAAAAAUUUUAAAAUGUAAUCGUAAUGUUAAAUGUGGGUCUGCUCAACAAAAAUGCAUUUGUUUUUAAUUUUCACUGGUAUUUUAUGCAUUAGUACAAUAAAUUAAGCCAAUUAUGAUUUUUAUUUUAAGUACAAAAAACAGUUUUAUUAGUUGUUUAGAAAAGAAAAUUGUAUUGUAUACUCGUAUACUGUGUUAAAUUAUUUAUAAAUUAUUUUAAGUUGUAAGUAUAAAUAGUCUAUGUUGCAGGUUAGUCCAUUUAAUGUUUAACAUCUCAUCAGUAACAAAAUACUGAUAAAUUAAUUACACACUUAACUAUGUACAUUGUUUCAUAUGAUUGACAAGUUAAAAUAAAAUCAAUCCUGUCAAUUUAGUGUAACCAAACAUAUUAUAUUAUACUGUUUUAUUAUAUUGAAGAGUGUAAGUACGAAUUUGAUUUAAUUGUUAACAAUUUGUGUAACUAUAAUUAUAUUGUUUAUUAAUUUAUUUGUUUAUAAAUAAUUAAUAUUAACUGCUAAAAAUUCUGGACGGUACAGAGGUAUAAAAAUCUUUAUUCAAAAUUCACAUAUUUAUUCUAAAUUGAUCUAAUGUUUUUAAUUCCAAAUUGCAUUAUUAGUUAAACAUUGCACCAGCCGUCCUCAGAAUUUUUUAGUUUUGAUUAAAAUGUAUGUGUUUACCAAUAUUGCUUGUCAUAUUUUACGCUUUCAUCAAAAUUUAAAUUAACAAUAGAAAUCUGUGUAUAUUUUAAUUCAUAGUACAGUGGGUAAACAUUUUUAAUUAAGGGGACCACCUGUUGUAUGUGACAAUUGAAAUUACCUAACGUAUUGUGAAAUUGUAUUGUUAAAUAUUAACCUAUGCUAUAUGAUUAGAACUAAAUCAACUCUUUGUUAAAUGUUUUAUUUAUUUUAACGUUAUAUAAUAUUAUAUAAUAUCAAUGCCUGAUUUUUUUUUUUAUUAUUAUUAUUAUUAUUUGUCUUCAUAUUAUGAAAUUGACUGUUUCUAUUUAUUAUUAGUUUUUUUUUACGUUACUAGUUAUUAUUUUGAAUUACAAUAUUAAUAUAUAUUUUUAAACAAAACAAAUAUUACUAUAAGUCGUUGUUAGUCGAAAAAUAUUUUAUAGUUUUAAUUUAUCGAUUAUGAUAUUGAUGAAAUUAUGAAAUUACUAAUUAAAAGUAAUAUUAUUAUAA